AUGCGUCCUGGAAUAAUUUUACUACUCACCGGCCCGCUAUUAGCGGUGGUCAACGCUCAGUUUGACGUUUCUACAUGUGGAACCAUGAAAGGCUGUUUAUUUGCACCUCCUGGUUGUCGGCCUGGUGCUGACUGUACUAUUGAAUUCAGCUAUCAGGUUAAUGGCCCAUUCCUAGACAUGGAGCUUGCGGGUACAACUAAUGCUCCAAAUACAUAUAUUGCCGUUGGUUUUUCGAAAGAUGACAGAAUGGGCAAUGACAUGGUAGUGUACUGUUCAAACACCAAUGGUUUCAUAUCAGGUGGAUUGGCGCGAAAUGACGAAGGUCGUACUAAUACCAUAAUCAACGGUGCUGGUAUACAGGAAGUUGUACAAGCUACAUCAAACGGAGGAUCUAUGUAUUGUGCAAUCAAUCAACGUUUGGAUCCAAAUCAGAGUGAUUUGUUUAACCUUAAUGGGACAUACUAUGUAUUGUUGGCUAGCGGACCUAUGCAGGGGAAUAGAUUGAGUUAUCACAACUCAAAUCGAUAUGUAAUGCCACGUACAAUGAUGUCGGCUUAUGUGAGAGGUGUAGGAUUGGUGGGAGGUCUACAAAUGGAUGAAGGUGAAAGAACCACAUACGAGAAACUGAUGAUGGCACAUGGUAUUAUGAUGGUUCUGUCAUGGUCAAUCUUUUUGUCCACAGGGAUUCUCUUUGCACGUCACAUGAAAGGGCAUUUCCCGAACAGUACUCUUUGUGGUCUUAAACUCUGGUUCCACUUUCACCGCACCUUGAACAUGAUUGGAAUUGCCGGAACUAUCGCUGCAUUUGUAGUGGUAUUUGUAGCAAAAGAUUGGCGAUGGGUUGGUCCGAAAGCGUAUCAAUCCGCUGAACUUAACAAUAGAUGGGGUUCGGUUCAUGCCAUGCUUGGCUUGAUAGCUUGCGUUGUCGCAUGGGCGCAGCCGCUGAAUGCCGUAUUCAGGUGCCACCCAGAUCAAAGAGGACGAUUUCUUUUCAAUUUCAUUCAUGGUUUCUUCGGGGCAGGAUCAUGGCUUUGUGCAGCGGCAGCUACAAUGAUCGCUGUGGUGCAUUUCCAAACAAUGUUCAGUGAUCGUGAUGCGGCUCUUGGCCUCUACAUCGCUUUCAUCGCUGUAGCUGGUCUCACAAUAAUAUUAAUGGAAGCGUUAACAUUCAGAACCUGGAUGGCUAGCCGACAUAGGGUCAACGGCGAAAUGGAGAUGGUUCGCGUCGGCGGAUCAAGUGGUAUUAUUUCAUCGGAGGUCAUUGAAAAGGCACAACGCCUUCAGCUAAUUCUCCUUUUCUUCUUCGUAAUUGUCGCAAUCGGUACGGCCGUAGCUAUUUCGGUUCUCAUUGGACUGAAACCGAAAUCGUUAUAA